AUGUAUAUCAAAGAGGUUAAUAUAAGCGGAUUUCGUAGUUAUCGCGAAACAACAGUCAAUGACUUCUCACCACGACAUAAUGUUGUUGUUGGGCGAAAUGGUAGUGGGAAGAGUAACUUCUUCUUCGCUAUACAGUUUGUGCUUUCGGAUGAAUUCAGCCAUCUUAAAGCAGAACAAAGACAAGGUUUAAUUCACGAAGGUACGGGAGACCGUGUUACGACAGCCAGCGUCGAAAUUGUUUUCGAUAAUGCCGACCACCGAAUCGUUGCCAUUGAAGCAAAUGAAGUGCGUGUUUUGCGGCGUGUAAGCAUGAAGAAGGACCAAUAUUUUAUCGAUGCAAAAUUGGUUGCGCGUAGUGAUGUUGUGAAUUUGAUGGAAUCAGCAGGCUUCUCUCGUUCGAAUCCAUAUUAUAUCGUAAAACAGGGGAAAAUCAAUGAACUGGCAACAUCACCUGACUCACACCGCUUGAAAUUAUUGCGUGAGGUGGCAGGAACACGAGUUUACGAUGAACGAAAAGACGAAAGUUUAAAAAUAUUGCGGGAAACAAAUGCCAAAAGUGAAAAGAUCGAGACUUUACUUGCAUUCAUUGAGGAACGACUGAAGACUCUAGAGGAAGAGAAAGAAGAUUUGAAGGAGUAUCAAAAGUGGGACAAAAUGAAAAGAUCUAUCGAAUAUAUGAUAUAUGACAACGAGUUAAAGGAAGCUCGAAAGAAGCUAGAUAAGUUGGCUGAGCAACGUGAAGAAAUGAACACCCGACAGAGCAAGGUUACGAAUGACUUACUAAAUGCUCAGAAUCGCGCUUUACAAGCAUCGGCAGAGCAGCGCAAAUUAGAAGCACGUUUUAAAGGAAUGCGAGAAGAAAAGGAGGCGCUUCUAGCUGAACAAACUGAACGUGUGCAACGAAAAACUGAAUUAGAGCUUUUAAUCAAUGACUUACGCGAAGAUGUAGAAAAGGAACGCUUUGGGAGAGAUAAAGCAGAAGAUGUGUUGAACAAGCUUAAAACAGACAUAGCUGCAAAAGAAGAAGAACUCAAUACGAUUGUUCCAAAAUACAAAGCUUUAGUUGAAGAUGCGGCACGAUUAAAUACUGAUAUUCGCAUUGCGGAACAGAGAUGCAAAGAACUGUACGCAAAACAAGGAUACAGGGAUCAGUAUAAGACUGUUGAAGAACGUGAUAAGAUUUUACAAAAGGAAAUUCGAUUCUACGAUCGUCAGCUUCAAGAUAUUCAUGAACAGAUUGCUGGUAUUGAAAAAAGUCUUCAAGAUGAAGAGCAAGAAGAACAGCAGCUUCAUCAGAAAAUUAUGGAAAUUGGAUUAGGAGCCGAAGAAUUUGUUGACAAAUUAACAAAGAUGAAUCAAGAUAUGGCCGAUCUAAGACGUCGGUUAGAUGAAGCGAGUGUUGCUCAGCAGGAGGCAUCAAGAGAAGAAAAAACAUCUCGUGAUAAUUUAGAGGCAGUAAAAAUUGAUGUGCAACAAGCUGAGCAAGAUUUCCGGCGUCUAGUCCCGAAAUCUGUAAUGAAUGGAGUGGAUAGCGUGCGACAUGUGCUGGAUCAUUUUCGUGCCCAGAAUCGGAACGGACAGUAUGACACCGUUCUGAAUGGCUACCGUGGUAUUGUGAUUGAAUUGUUUCGUUGUGAUAAAGCUUACUACCAAGCAGUUGAAGUUACCACUGGUAACCGUUUAUUUUAUCAUGUGGUUGAUGACGACCGUAUUGCAAUGAAAAUCAUGAAGGAGAUAAAUCAACAAAAAUUGUUGGGUGAAAUAAAUUUCUUCCCGCUAAAUCGUUUGAUUGCCAAACCAAGAAGAGAAGUUAAUGACCCAGAAGCAAGACUUUUAAUUGAUGGAAUGGAAUAUGAACCCGUCUACGGUGUUGUUUUUCGUCAUAUUUUUGGGAACGUAGCUGUAGUACGUAGUAUGCUUGCUGGCAAUCGUCUGGCAAAACGUGAAGGGUUCGACUGCGUUACUUUCGAGGGUGACCAAAUGAGUCGGCGUGGCGAAAUGACGGGAGGAUUCCUUGACGUGAAACGAUCUCGUUUGGAACUUUACAGCACCGUCCAAUACAUGCAUGCGCGAAAAAUUGAAUUUGAGGAAGCCCUUGAAAAAGCGAUUCAUGCCAAUAAUGAUAAAGCUUCAAACGUAGAAAAGCUGCGUAUAGAAGUUGAUACUCUGGAACGUGAAGUUUUGUAUCUAAAGGACAAGCAUAGAGCCGCAUCUGAAAAAAAACGUUACUUAUCACAACAGCUGCAGCAAAGUGCAAAGAAUAAAGAACCAAAGAUAGGGCAAUGCUUAUAUCUGAGAAAUCGAAUCCGCGAAAUGGAAGCGACGAAAGAAAGCUUGCAGCGACAACUUGGCACUCCUCUGCUCUCGCAACUUAGCGAUGAAGAGAAAAACAUGCUUGAUCAAUUGCAGAAAAUUCAUGAUAUAUCCGUUGAUGAAAAGCGUAAUCAUCUUCAGUCAGAAAUGGCGGAACUUAAGUCUGUUAAUAAUCGGCUUUCUGAAAUUAUAACACGGCUCUCCGAGUUGGAAGAGCAUUUGGGUGAAUUUGAAGUAAGCGAUGAGAAAUUAACGCGUGAAUUGGAAGAUUGUCAAGAGCAGCAGAAAGAUUUGGAAGCACAAGUCGCUGAUUUUUCGAAGCAAGUCGAUUUAAUUUGCACGAAGCAAUCAGCAAUGCAGACAAAACGAGAAGAAAUUACCAAAAAGAUACGCGAGCUUGGUUCGUUACCAAUGGAUUCGAAGAACUAUGAAAGUUAUUCGCUGAAGCAGUUAGAUAAGAAGCUGAGCGAAGCUUUAGAGCAGUUAAAAAAGUAUGAAAAUGUAAACAAAAAGGCACUUGAUCAGUUUGUGCAAGCAAGCAGCCAAAAGGAGGAUCUCGCUAAACGGAUGGAUGAACAUAGAGCCAAUCAGAAGGCAAUCAGCGAUUUACUCAUCGUUCUCGAUCAGCGCAAAUAUGAAGCUAUUCAGUUGACAUUCAAACAAGUUUCAAAAAACUUUCAUACUGUUUUUGAUAAACUUGUUCCUGGUGGUUAUGGAAGCUUGGUGAUGCGAGUCAGUCAUGAUGAGGACUCACAACCAUCGCAGGAUCAAAGUGACCUACAUCAAAUAGAAACUUUCACAGGCGUUGGGAUACGAGUCUCUUUUACGGGUACAUCUGAGACUCGUGAAAUGCAGCAACUCUCUGGUGGUCAGAAAAGUUUGGUAGCUCUGGCUCUUAUAUUUGCAAUCCAGAAAUGUGAUCCAGCACCCUUUUAUCUUUUUGAUGAAAUUGAUGCAGCGCUAGAUGCGCAACACAGAAAAGCAGUAGCCGAUAUGAUUCAUGAAUUGUCGGAGAAUGCACAGUUCAUCACGACUACUUUCCGACCGGAAUUACUAGACAGUGCAGAGAAGUAUUAUGGUGUUCGGUUCCGCAACAAAGUUUCACACAUCGAUAUUGUUUCGAAAGAACAAGCAUUUGAUUUUGUUGAGGAUGACCAAACACAUGGUUAG